GCCUGGCUGCUUAAGGAGGCGAAGGUGCGGAACCCCCACAUCCGGACAUACGGCCUUGCCUGGGGCGUUCCGGGCUGGAUCGGAAAUGGCACCUUCUUCAGCAAGGACAACAUCGUUUACCACGUGUCCUGGCUGAAGUGCAUCAAGGAGACCCUUGACAUUGAAAUUGACUACGUCGGAAUUUGGAACGAGCGAGACUGGGGUGCAGCUUGGUACGUGUCCGAUCUUGCGGCCGCGAUCAAGGAAGCAAACUUGACAACCAAGCUGGUAAUGCUCGAUGCGGUUGCUUCACAGGUAAAGCAGGACUUCCUGAGCAAAUUCGAGGAAGAUGAGCGGUUCCAGGAGCUGAUCUCGGCAGUUGGCCUGCACUAUCCCUGCAACGACAAUGAGCAGCUCAGCGAAGCACUGCGGCGUCACCCCUCUACACGCUUCUGGGCAUCGGAGGAGACCUCGACGGUGGCCGACUGGGGCGGUGCUGGGUGCUGGGGCCGGAUGAUCAACCAAAACUACGUUCGGAUGAACGCGACCUCCUCGAUAGCUUGGUCCUUGAUUUGGAGCGUCUACCCAAACUUGGAGUGCUUCGGGAACGGCCUCCUCUAUGCCUUUGAGCCAUGGAGUGGUCAUUACGAGGUCAUGGCACCAGUGUGGAUGUCAGCUCACACCACGCAGUUCACCAAAAUCGGCUGGGUCUAUCUGCCGGCUGGUCAGGGUGCCGGCAACUUGCCGGAGGGUGGGACCUAUGUUACGAUCGCCAGUGCCGACCUGGUAGACUUCACUGUGGUUCUCGAGACCUUGCAAGGCAGCUGCAUGUACAAUGACGGUUGCUUACACAGCAUCAAGGCGCAGACAACGCAGAGCCUUCAGCUUCAGCUCAGCAGCAAGCUGGCCGCAGCGGCUCGGGGUCGAAGCCUCGAGGUCUGGGCAACAAAUAGCAGCCACUGGUUUCAGCGACUGCCUGACGUGCAAGUGACCGAGCAAGGCUUCUUGAGGAUCGACGUGCCGGUGGACGCGAUCAUAACCAUCAGUACUCUCGGAACUGCCACCAAGCAGGGAAACCGUACCGCAGCUGCGACUUUGCUGGAGGCGCAGGUGCCGCCACAACAGCCGUUCCCUUUUCCUUUUCUGGAGGACUUUGAGUCGCAGCCCCUCUACCGAGCUGCUGCUUUCUUUGCAGACCAGGGUGGUGCGUUCGAGGUGGUCGAGGCAGCGACUUUUUGGGUGGAAGGAUCAGCUGGUCUGACGGCAGCUCUCUUUCUCUUUGUGUCCAUAGAUGUUCUCUUGCUCUUGCUCUCUCUCUCUCUCUGUCUGUCUCUUGUUCCUACUCUGUGUCUGAAAACAUGGAUCAGCAUUCCUGAAGCCUGCGCGAGAUCGACAGGUGCCACGCUCAUGCUGGGCUGCCAGGGAAGCUUCAUUUCAGGUCUUGAAGCCAAGGUAAGCAAAGGGUCCCAUCAUAUCUCUGUACAAGAACACCUUUCAAUUCAACUCGAGCUCGCUUCAUCCAUGAGACGAUGCAAAGUUCAAGCCUUGGUUUUACACCCUUCAGUAUGGACGUUUUGCCGGUGGCAGCACAUCGUCAAAGCUGCAUCGGCUGCAAGCGGCCAAAACUUCGACUGUGUUAAACAACAUGAACGUCUCGUUGGAGUGCAUACAGAGUCAGUCUCGUCUCUUGAGCGUGUGGCAACAGGCGCCAGCCGCUGCUGCUGA